CGUCGACGGCCCAAAAAAAGGAAAUCAGAGCGCCCCGUGCCGCCACCGCUCUUCUUGGUCCCGAAGCCAUCCACGCCUUCUCCCCUCGACAUGGCGUCCAGAGAUCUCCGGCGGCUGCUCGACGGCGCAGCCCUCGUCGCUCGCGAGGCCGCCAGGCGCUCCUCUGGCCGCGAUAUCCUCAGGUCUGCCCUCCUCGCUGCCACUGACCUCGCCGGCCUCACCAGGGGCACCCCACGCCGCCCGCAGCCCCCUCCACCUACCCCCGGACCCCAUCCUGGGGAAGCAGACUCCUCUCGCCCAUCGUCCUCCUCCGUCGUGUACUUCUCUCACGAUGAUUCCCCGUUGCGAGAACCCCCAUUGGAGCAGCAACCCCCGUCGCAAGAUUCCCUCCACCCCGCCCAGACGCAGGAGAAUCAGGAGAUCACCAACAGCCAUACAACCGCCGCAGUCGCAGCUGCUGCUAAACGAGAAGCCGUGGAAGCGGCUAGACCUGAAGACGAGGCAUUUCGCCCUGAACUCUCACCGUCGCCCUCGCCCUCGCUCUCGCCCACGCCGUCGCCGGUCGAAAAGAGGCGCCGGCGAAGGGAACGGAAUGUUCCCUCCACACCUUUUACCCGAGCCAUUGGGUUUGCAGGUCUUGGUGCUGGACUUGCGUGGGGCGGUCUUCAGGAGUCAGCCCGGCGGGUGAUGUACGGCACACCGGUUGGCGAUGGCAAGCAGUCAGCACUCUCACCAUUCUUGUCUGACCAGAAUGCUGAGCGUGUUGCCCUUGCACUGUGCCGGAUGCGUGGAGCGGCGCUCAAGGUGGGACAGAUGCUGAGCAUCCAGGAUGAAUCCCUCGUGCCCCCGCCGGUGUUGGCAGCUCUUGAUAUUGUUCGUCAAGGCGCUGAUGUUAUGCCCAGUAAGCAGCUGAAUUCUGUCCUUGAUGCUGAGCUUGGUCAAGGCUGGUCUUCUAGGUUGAGGAGUUUCGAUUAUGAGCCACUGGCUGCAGCGAGUAUCGGACAGGUUCAUCGAGCGGUCUUGAAGGAUGGUUCAGAAGUUGUGAUGAAAAUACAGUAUCCCGGGGUUGCAGAUAGUAUAGAAAGUGAUAUUGAGAAUGUUAGGCUACUCCUGACUUAUACAAAUCUCAUCCCUAAAGGUCUUUUCCUUGAUAGAGCGAUAAAGGUUGCAAAGCAAGAGCUGGCAAGGGAAUGUGAUUAUGUCAUAGAAGCAAGUAACCAGAAGCGGUACAAGGAGUUGCUCUCUGGUAGCGAGGGCUUUUAUGUCCCUAAGGUCACUGACCAAUUGUCUAGCAAAAAGGUGUUGACAUCAGAGUUUGUGCCAGGAGUUCCUAUCGAUAAGGUGGCAGGACUAAGCCAAGAAACCCGCAAUUAUGUUGGAUGUAAACUGCUUGAACUUACGAUAAAGGAGUUAUUUGUCUUCCGGUUUAUGCAGACUGAUCCAAACUGGAGUAAUUUCCUUUAUGAUGAUACUACAAGGCAAUUUAAUCUUAUUGACUUUGGGGCAGCUCGUGAAUUUCCAAAGAAGUUUGUAGAUGAUUACCUCCGGAUGGUGGUUGCCUGUGCAAAUAGAGACAGAGCCGGCGUGUUAGAAAUGUCCCGCAGAUUGGGAUUUCUCACAGGUGAGGAACCAGAGGUCAUGUUGGACGCACAUGUCGAGGCGGCCUUCAUUGUUGGUGUGCCAUUCUCAACAUCUGGUGGUCACGAUUUCCGUGCAAACAACAUCACGCACAGUGUUUCCAACCUUGGGGCUACCAUGUUGAAGCACAGGCUAACCCCACCUCCUGAUGAAGUUUACAGCCUCCAUAGAAAGCUGUCAGGUGCAUUCUUGGCCUGCAUCAAGAUUGGCGCAGUUGUCCCCUGUAGAGAGAUGCUGUUCCAGGUUUACGAGCAAUACAAUUUCAGUGAUGACCACUCUGAAGUGUCGUCCAGCACUGUCUAGAAACAUGCAAGUCGUGCCUCUCCCCUCUUGUCCAGAAAAGCAGAAAUCAUCAGAGUUACAGGUUGGUUGCAGUUCAUUUUUUCAGAGAGCUUUGCAAUCAGCUAAACCCAUUCAAUGUUCGGACUGAACGGAUGAUGUGACAAAUUAUAUUCUUUGAUACCAUGAAAAGUGAUGUUUUUUCUGUUUGGAUGAGCUCUGGGAGGGAUUGUAGAACGCUCAUAUCGUUCUCUCCCGGGUUUGGCCGAAGCAGUUUCUUUCUUUGGUCCAAGGAAUAAAGACAACAGAACCAUGUAUAUCUGUUUUCGGCUAGGUCCCAUGAUCUUCAGGCCUUAUGUAAAUUUGUAAUACUCGAGGAUAUUGCUUGACAUAUUAUACUAAGCAACAGAAAUCGUUGCUUGCCUUCACUACAAA